GUUACGACCGCCGCUGGACAGGGUAGAGAGGGCUACUUAGCCAAUGGCCGAGCCACCUCCUGUCCUCUAUCCGGCGUCGCCCGAUUCAGAGGCCAAGGUGUCGGAGUGCGCCGGGUCCCAGUUCAACGUGCGCGUCGGGCCAAACUAUGCAAGGAAGGGCAAUAAGAGUCCCUCGGAUGACUCGAUGUACCACCUAUCAUCAGUGCACAUGUUCAAGGCCGAGUCCUGCACGAAGCACUUGCACAUGGCUACACGGAUGCCGCUGCCGGAGCCGCUCGUCCCUGCCGACAGCCCAGGCCUGCCGCUGCCGCAGCUGCUCGUCGUGACGCUGGUUGUGCCCGAGGAGGGGCCCGCGAUGUUCGGCGGCAAAGAGGACGGAGGGCCGAGCAUGAAUUGCGUGAUGGUCUUCCAGCUCAAGGAGAAGACUGCGGAGGACGCGGCGAGCGAGGCCCCCUCCCCCGCGGUGGCGCUGCUGAGCCGCUACUAUAGCAUGAGCAUCGCAAUCGCGAGUGGAGGGAGCCCGACGGGCGCCGAGAAGAGCGAGAUCCAAAAGAUGCGGGCUUGCUUCAAGCUCAUCGGCCAGGCCAGCAACUUCUCCGACCUUGGCCUCCCCGCGAUGCUCGCGGGCUACAACGGGAAGCCGGUCAUCAUCAACAAGACCGGCGAGCUGCACCAGGGGAAGUCCUCCUCCGGCGCGAGCUACAUGGAGAUGGACAUCCUCGUCCACAAGUGGCAGUACAUCGCACGCAAGGGGCUCUACUCGAUCAAGGAGCACUACUGUAAACUCGACGCCGAGGUCGGCUUCGUGAUCCAGGGAGAGGCCGACAGCGAGCUGCCUGAGCGGAUGCUGGGCGCCGUCGAGAUCAACGGCGUCGACCCGACCCUGCUAGCGAAGUGGCCCUCGAGCGGCGAUGGCGACGGCGAUGCCACCGGCUCCGGGACGUGACCACAAUGAGGGGUCGCCCGUGUGGGACGCUCCUUGGCAUCGGCGGGUGGGAGGACGGAGCCAGGGCGCAGGAAAGCGCGAGCGACUCAGUCGCUGUGAGAGCUGAGACGGCGAGAGGCGGUUGGACGUGGCGGGGGUCGCGCAAUGUGCUCCCUUUGAUGUGUGGCGCGUGUAGCCGGGCAGGCUGUCUUUGUCUCUCCACGGCUGUUCUCCGCUCUCCUCAUCUCUGCGCUUCCUCCUGCUGUGGUCUGUGUGCACUCCUGCUCUCGGCUCUCGCUCUUCGGUGGUCUUCGCCGCUUCGUGUAUGUGUGUCACAGGA